AUGACUGUUUCAGUCCAAACCUGUUUCGUCCUUGACGUGGCUCCUGCUGACUUUUCCAGUGGUGGUCCGAACCGUGGAGCCGUCAAAAACCCCGACAAGGCUGAACACUCCUCCUGGUUUAUGAUUACUUUCAUUUAUCCCACCGAGAUUUUCCCGACAUGGCUGCGCGCCAAGGGUAAUGUCUUCGGUGUUGCGGGUUGGGCCGUCGGCUACGGCGCCGGGUCACUGCUGGUCCCGGCCAAGUUUGCCGGUAUCCAGGAGAAAACGUUCUACGUCUUCGGUGCCGCCAUGUUCGCCUACAUCCCCAUCAUCUACUGUUUCUUCCCCGAGACGGCCGGCCGCAUACUCGAGCAGAUCGACUUCCUGUUCGCCAGCAAGAGCCCCUUUGUGUGGGAGGAGGAGAAGAAGUUUGCCAAGCGCAUGGCUCAAUUCAAUGCUGAAAAUCCAAAAGAUGGAUAUUGAGAACGGUGGAUAUGCGGGCGGCGACCAGACGUGUGAGGAGUUUGUCGAGAAGGUCUGAUUGUAGGCAGUCAUCUAAGAAGUGAUGGCAUCAAACGUAUUAUGUUUAUGUAUCAUGUCGAGC